AACCUGCAUUAGUCUUACAAAAACACACACUACACAAGCUUCAGAGAAACCUGAGCACGACUACAGGGCAGCAUGUCUAACAUUGCAAAAGUUCUUUCUAGGAGGCAGGACAGAGGAGAAGGAGUGGGAACAAAUGAGAAGGCGAUUCCCUACAACAAGCAGGACUACCAGAGCCUGAAGCAGGAGUGUCUGGCGAAAGGAACCCUGUUCCAAGACCCGACCUUCCCUGCUGAAUCCGACUCUCUGGGAUACAAUGAACUUGGACGGUACUCGUCCAAGACCAAAGGAGUGCAGUGGAAGAGACCUAAGGAACUCUGUUCAAAUCCUGAGUUCAUUGUGGAUGGAGCUAAGCGGACAGACAUCUGCCAAGGAGAAUUAGGUGACUGUUGGUUGCUGGCGGCUAUUGCGUCUUUGACUCUGGAUAAUGAGAUUCUGGAACGUGUAGUUCCACCUGGACAGAGUUUUACAGAGGACUAUGCCGGCAUCUUUCACUUUCAGUUCUGGCAGUAUGGUCAAUGGGUGGAUGUUGUCAUUGAUGACCGGCUGCCUUCCAGAAAUGGAAAGCUGCUGUUUGUUCAUUCAGCCGAGGGCUCUGAGUUCUGGAGUGCUCUGAUAGAAAAGGCCUAUGCCAAGUUAAAUGGCUCAUAUGAAGCUCUUUCGGGAGGUUCGACCACUGAGGGUUUUGAGGACUUCACAGGAGGCAUCGCUGAGAGCUAUGAGCUGAACAAAGCUCCUCCACACCUGUUUAAGCUCAUGCAGAAAGCACUGACGCUGGGAUCAUUACUGGGCUGCUCCAUUGAUAUUACCAGUUCAUAUGAGACGGAGGCGGUGACGAGUCUGAAGCUGGUAAAGGGUCAUGCCUACUCCGUCACGGGCGCAGAGGAGGUUCAUUCCUCUGGCCGUCAGGUUCAGCUGGUGCGUAUCAGGAACCCGUGGGGUCAGGUGGAGUGGACGGGCCCUUGGAGUGACAAUUCAAAAGAGUGGAACAGUGUCCCACCAGAGGAGAAAGAUAAACUGGAUUAUUCAGCUGAAGAUGGAGAGUUCUGGAUGGCGUAUUCAGACUUCAUACAGCAAUUCUCAAAAUUGGAGGUCUGUAAUCUAACUCCAGACACUCUUUCAAGCGAAGAUGUGAGCCGCUGGAACUACAGCCAGUUUGAAGGCAACUGGAGGGUGGGAUCCACUGCAGGGGGAUGCUGGAACAACCAAGCUACUUUCUGCUCCAACCCUCAAUUUGUGAUCAAGCUGGAGGAAGAAGAUGAUGAUCCUCUUGAUGGAGAGGUCGGCUGCACGAUCCUAGUGGGUCUGAUGCAGAAAGAUAGUCGUAAAGACAGGCGGCUUGGACGAGACCUCAACUCCAUUGGCUUCGCUAUCUAUAAGGUUCCAAAUGAGUUCAGGGGUCGCAAUAACAUUCAUCUCGGUCCUGAUGUAUUGCUGCGUAAGCAACCCAUUACAGGGAGCAACACCUUCAUCAACCUGCGAGAGGUGAGCGAUCGUUUCAAACUGCCUCCGGGUGAAUACGUCAUCAUCCCCUCCACUUUUGAGCCGCAUCGCAAGGGAAGCUUCGUACUGCGCGUGUUCACAGAGAAAGAGGCUGCUGUCAGCCCGAUGGAUAGGGAGAUCACUGCAGAUGUGAAAAAGCAAUACAUAUCCGAGAGUGAUGUGGACCCACAUUUCAAACAGCUUUUCAAUCAGGUUGCUGGAAAUGACUCGGAGGUGUCUGUGUUUGAACUAAAGCAGAUCCUGGACAGUGCUACCUCGAAACAAAUGGAUGUGAAGACUGAUGGAUUUAGUAUGGAGACCUGUCGCCACAUUAUCAGUCUGUUAGAUAGAGACGGCAACGGUAAACUCGGCCUUGUGGAGUUUCACAUACUGUGGAUAAAGAUCCAGAAAUAUUUGGAGGUUUUUAAGAAGUAUGAUUCAGACAACUCAGGCACUAUGAGUUCCCAUGAGAUGAGAGAUGCUGUGAAAGAAGCCGGAUUCCAGCUGAACAAUGACAUACUUCAAGUGAUAAUCUCACGUUAUGCCAAUCAGCAGUACGCCAUUGACUUUGACUGCUUCGUUGGCUGCCUGAUUCGCCUGGAAAUGCUCUUCAAAAUAUUUAAAACAUUUGAUAAGAAGAGCAGCGGGAAAAUCGAGCUGGAUAUCCUUCAGUGGCUUUGCUUGGCCCUCAGUUGAAAGUCCACUUACGUUGCACCAGAUUGCUCCAGAAUUGCUCUAGAAGUCCAUUCAUUAAACUGAAGAGGAUGCAGCAGACCUGGAACACCCAAGAGUAAAAUCAGAGUAAAACCAACCAAAGAAGCCUAUC